UUAUUAUUCGUACACUUUUUUUUUGAAAAUUUCUUUAUUAAACAAGAUAAGUUCACAGUUUCAAUAUAAAUUACACCUUUAAUCAGUGCUGAAUGCAAUGGUCUCAAGAUUUCCUGCCUAUUUAGGCAACGGCUUAAGUGAGUACCUAUACUAAAUUAUUGAAAUAAUAACAAUACAUAAAAAAAACAACAAAAAACAAGAUAACCAUACAAAAUACCUACAAAUCUUAUCCAGCUAGUAACUGUAAUGUAAUUUCAGUGUCCUAAUCUAUUAGCAAACCUACUCUCCAAUAUCAUUUUUAUUACUUAUAAUUGAAGAGAUUCAGUUCAUUAUCAUAAAAACCAUUGUUUAGUCGGGUCUCAGUAAUAGGGAAUUCUCAUAAGAAAUAAAUAUGGCUUAUUUUGUUUUUAUGGUGUACAUUUUUGUGUAAAAUAUUGAAUAUGAGCAGUUUUGUAUUAAAUUUAUGGAUAUUAUAGUCAUAUGGCAAUUAUUAGUUUUAAAUUGAAAAGUUUCGCGCGGAAAAGUUACGUUUGACAUGGCCGCUUCCAGUGACGUCAACUGUUUGUAAUUUAAGGUUAAGGGUAGUUUACACUGAUCGUAAAUCCACGGUCCACACUUUCGUGAUUCACUCUUGAAUCGUGGAACGAUUGGUCCACGAUCAGUUCACGUCACGCCACGACUAAUAUUGAACCACCAUAAACGGGUAUAUUGGGGGAAGAUUGUCAGACUGCGCUUUUGUAAAUCCUGUAUCAACCAUGAUGAACUAUUUGAAACACAAAAUGUCACAAUAUGGCACUAAAUACGGAAAUACCUCAUAAAUAACCGGUUUCAAGUUUCAAUGCAGUCGAAGGUUCAAGUUAAGCGAUUGUUUCCGACAGUUUGCAAAGUGUCAAAGGCUCUUGUGAGAACAGACCUUAACGUUGUGUUUACAGACAGUUGACGUCACAAAUUCCACCAUCUUGAAGCUAAUCGUUUUCGCGCCAACGAAAAUAAUUUGAAAUUCAGAAUAAUUUUUUUAUUUCAAUGAGGACAUAAAACAAAAAAAAACAUAUACAUUUUAUAUUUGAAGCAAUAAGAAAAAAAAUACUUUGAAAAAUAUGAUUGUUCCCUAUUGUCCAAAUCUCAGAAAAAACCUGUACAUACGAGCCUAGUGUUGUCCUAUCCCGAUCAGAGAGGCAUGUUGAUUUUGGACACAGAUGCAAGUAACACCAACCAGUAUUGGAGCUGUUCUUUCACAAAUCCAAAAUUUACAAAAAUAUGUCGUAGAGUACCACAGCAAAAUCUUAUCAAAGCCGGAACGAAAUUAUUGUGUCACCAGAAGAGAGUUGCAUGCCAUAGUAAAAGCAGUCGACUAUUUCCAUUAGUAUCUCUACGGACGAAGUUUCUAAUUCGAAUGGAUCACGCAGCUCCAAAAUGGCUUUUAGAAAUGAAAACUUGUGGACAGCUUGCUAGAUGGAUUGAGAAAUUGCAGCAAUACGAUUUCCAUACAAAUGUUGACGCUCUGUCUAAACGGCCAUGUAAAAAAGAUUGUAAGCAUUGUUAAAGAAUCGAUAUGUAUGAGAAAAACACUAGUCCAGCUGUGAGAAGAACGGGCCUGAUCGUUGAUAACAAAUAGACUACCAAACAAAUGAGAGAAGAUCAGGAGGCAGACCAGGUAAUCAGGCAAAAUCUACAUAUUAAAGAAAAUGAUUAAUGUAGGCCAGUAUGGAGGGAAGUGUCGAACAAGAGCUUGAUUUACAAGGCGUUGUGGGCCCAGUGAAACUCUCUGGUCGUAGAAAAUGGUUUCCUUAAAAGACUUUAACAAAGUGCCGAUGGGAAAUCCACUAAGAGCCAACUAGUUAUAUCAAAAGGCCGAGUGGAAAAUGUAUUAAAAGAAAUACAUUUCUGAACUUCAGGGACACAUUUUGGAGUUAACAAAACUUUGGGCAAAACUCGGGAACGUUUUUAUUGGGUUCACUAUCAGGAAGACGUUGAAAGCUGGUGCCGAAAAUGCGACAUCUGUGCUAUCAGUAAAGGCCCUAAACUAAGAUCUCGGGGGCCCAAGAAACAGCACAACGUCGAUCUCCUAUUUGAAAGAAUAGCGAUAGAUGUUGCCGGACCGUUCCCUGAGUCAGAGCGUGGUAACAAAUACAUCUUGGUUAUUGUUCCGAAAUCACAAUAAAAUCCAUUAGUUUUAUUAUGUUCAAACUAGGGUGACAUUUUCAAUUUUGUUUAAACAAUGCCAAGCAAAUGAACUUACCAAAGUCUGGCUCGUUGUUGGAUCUAGGUAGUUAUUAUAUAAAUAUUUCAACGAAAAAAUAAACAAAAGAAAGAAAAUGAAUGUAUGGAUUUGUGCUACUAAAAAUCUAAGAAAAGAUGUCUCUCAAUCCGAAUGGCAAAACAAAGGUUCUUAUUGAGCACAGCACAAAACACAAAAGUUUCUACAAAUUCAACUGAAAUUAUUUAUUUAGGUACUAAUUUAACUACUAAUAUAUAUUAAAAAUAAAGAACUGAAUUCAAUAAGUUUUCGGUUUUCGUAUGAAAACAACAAAUAAUGAACAACCUAUAAACUACUUAAAUUUCUACUAUAUACACUUACUCAGGCAACAGUCAUGGCCAACAAUGCUAAUAAAAAACACCAUCAUCGUCAAAAACACUCAACAGGUCAAAGGUAACUGUAACAUUGGCUGUAGGUACCAAAACUUAUUUAGCACACAGUGAUAAAUCUCCAAAAAUGUUCGCUUAACGGGACAACUUUAUAUAAAGUUUUUAGGGCUGUGGUGGAUAAUGGUUUCACGACAUAAACGGGUUGUUUUGAAGCACCUUUUGUGCACCUUCCAAAACAAAUCAACAAUAGGGAUUAUUGCACAAUGAACACCAUAAACAACCACCAACAUUUCCAACAACUAAGAAUCCAAUAAUUACGGAGGGGUGACAAUACUCUUUUUUGAGCAGUUCAAAACCAAAAACGAAUUUAAGAGUAGCCGUUCUAAAUGCAAGAACCACUUUGCUGUCUCUGCUGCUACUGAUAAAGAAAAAUAAAAUGUGCGACUGUCUAAGCCUAAGAAAAAAGAAAGAUAAAUGCGUCUCAACUGUGACAAACAAAGAUGGAAAAGAAUUGGGGUGCGAGCGACUUGCAACGACUUGUACAAACACGAAGAAGGGCUAGGCUAGAAGUCUAUACAAGAUAAAUUUCACUUUUCGUAGGUGAAAUUCCAUAACGAAAACUGUGUGUGAGAGAGAGAGAGAAAAAAACAAAAAAAAUAGCUAGCGCAUUGUAACAUAAAAAAUAAUUAAAAUUUCUGUUAUAAAGAAUUUCCACAACAGUUAUCAUAGAUUACUUCAGAAGUUUUUGCUAUUCCCAAUCAAGGAGCCAUCACUGUUGCCCAGGUGCUAGUGGACAAAGUUUUCCGUCGUCAUGGUAUGCCACUAGAGUUACAUUCAGAUCAGGGAAAAUUUAUCAGAUCAUAGGAAUUCGUAAGACAAGGACAACACCUUUACAUCCACAGUCUGAUGUCAUGAUAGAACGAUUUAAUAAGACCAUGAAGGAACAACUCAUAAAAGUGAUCGCAAAAAACCAGCAAGAUCGGGACAAACAUUUGCCUCUAUUUUUAAUGGCUUACAGAGAUAGAGCAUAUGCCCGGAAACAAGAUGACACAUGUUGAUGCUUGUAGAAAAGGCUUGUGUUGCCAACAUAGUUACUAAAUUUUUGACUUGGGGAAUUAUUUGAAGAAAAAAAAAACAGACUUUAUUAUUAUUAUCAAUACAUUAAUAUUAUUAUUAUUAACAUUUUUAUUUAUUUAUUUUUUAAUUUAUUACAAGAUGGCGUCUGAGGCGGACGUUGUUCAAGAUUGCUCUGACAAAAAGUGUUUUUACUGCUCGAAGAAAGUUGAAGGAAAAGUAAAAUGUGUUCUGUGUGAUGGUUUUUAUCAUAGUCAGUGUACCUAUUAUAAAGAAUCCCGGUGUGAAAAUUGUGGGUAUCAACGAAAUAAACUGUACAAAUUGCAUCAAUGAAAAAGAUCUGACAGGCUUGACAAUUGCCAACAUUGUGAAACUGUGUUUUAAAAAUAGUGGACUUUUAAACAACAUCGUCUUCCAAUUACAAGAAAAUAACGACCUUCUUAGGGAGAAAGUUCAUUCACUUUAAGAAAAACUAGAAAAAGUAGUUAAGCCAAAAAUGCCAGAAGAGGUUAGGUUUAUCUCCGCAGCCUCCGCCCCCGCAGGAACUUGUCCCACAACUCAUACUUCAACAAAUGUCAAAGUCGUCAUCAGUGACGUCAACACCAAGAAAGUACCAAAUAUCAAGGCCCGGUUCCAUGCGUCACAAGUAGUACUGCAAUUAUGGUAGCAGAUGCUAAAAAUGAUGCUGCAGGACCUGCCAUUGAAUACCGAAGAAAAGCCAACUUAACUACAAACAAUAAACGUCAAAAUGUCAAUCGUCGCAAUAAUGAUAAUGAAAACACUAGGAUUGGGAACCAAAACAAAGAAAAUGAAAAUCGGGAUCAAAUAACUCUUGCUCAAGUGAGCAAAGCAGUUGAUUUAGCCAUCAAACCCAUCGAGAAUGAUAAGCCAAAACAUAAUGGCGGAUUACGCAAAUCAAAUUCUGCUGAAAUUACUCCAACUCCAAUUAGGCAAUCGGAAGAAAAUUGGAAACUUGUUAGCUACAAAACAAAACGUAAAAAUAUAAUGCUGCAACAUAACCGUCCUGAUCCAGUAAGAGUGACAAAUGAAAAACAAAAUGAUCUACAAGUAGCUGAUAUUUUUGUCUGGGUUUUCAACUUCGAUGGAAGGAAAUAA